GUAGCAAUUUUGUAAAAGCCCUGACAAAAACUUUUUCUCCCAGCCCGAGGAAUUAUUGACACAAAAGAGUUCAUUUUGAUUUUUGGCCAACCAUGGCCGCUCUAUAUGUGGGCGAUUUGCACGCGGAUGUGACAGAAGCCAUCCUUUAUGAACGAUUGAGUCGAGUGGGAAUCAUUUUGUCCAUCCGCGUGUGCCGAGACAUGAUGACUGGGCGCUCACUGGGAUACGCGUGCGUCAACUUCCAGCAGCUUGCAGACGCUGAACAUGCGCUGGAUACGAUGAACUUUGAGCUGAUCAAGGGCCAACCCAUGCGUAUUAUGUGGUGGCAGCGGGACCCUUCGCUAAGGAAGAGCGGCGUGGGCAACAUCUUCAUCAAGAACUUGGACCGCUCCAUCGACAACAACGUCCUGUACGACAUUUUCUCCUUCUUUGGCAACAUCCUGUCCGGCAAGGUGGUCUGCGAUGAGAACGGCUCGAAGGGCUACGGCUUUGUGCACUUUGAGACUCAGGAGGCGGCCGAGAGAGCCAUUGUGGAGAUGAACGGCAAGAUUAUUAAGGACAGAAAAAUAUUUGUGGGCCACUUCAAAUCCCGCAAAGAGCGUGAGACCAUGCUGGCCGUCCGAGCUAAGGAGUUUACCAACGUCUACGUGAAAAACUUUGGCAAUGACGUGGACGACAACAUGUUGAGGGAUAUCUUCAGGACCUACGGGAACACCACCAGCGUCCGAGUGAUGAUGGACGAAUACGGCUCGUGUCGAGGCUUCGGUUUUGUCAGUUUCGCCAGGCACGAGGACGCCCAGAAGGCGGUGGAUGAGAUGAACGGGAAGGAGUUCCACGGCAGGACGAUUUACGUCAGCCGCGCCCAAAAGAAAGUGGAGCGCCAGGCCGAGCUCAAGCGCAUGUUUGAGCAGAUGAAACAAGAUCGCAUCUCGCGCUACCAGGGUGUCAACUUGUACGUGAAGAACCUCGACGACAGCAUUGACGACGAGUCUCUGCGUAAAGAGUUUGCGCCUUUCGGAGCCAUAACCAGCGUCAAGGUAAUGAGGGAGGGCAAGCGCAGCAAAGGCUUCGGAUUUGUCUGCUUCUCGUCUUCGGAGGAGGCCAGCAAAGCGCUGGCGGAGAUGAACGGCCGCAUCGUGGCCACCAAGCCGCUGUACGUGGCGCUGGCCCAGAGGAAGGAGGAGCGCCAGGCUUAUCUGACCCGCCAGUACAUCCAACGUCUGACCAACACGCAGACCGUGCCCAACCAGAUCAUCAGCCCUUACCAGGCCGGGCCGCCCCCGGCUUACUUCAUAGCGCCGGUUGCUCAGGCGCAAAACCGCAACAACGCUUACUUUCCGCCGGCCGCUCAGGUGGCCCAACUGCGUCCAAGCCCUCGCUGGGCUACAGCAGACUACCAGAACAUGGCCGGUCCCGCCCGGACCUCGGCACCGAGCCCGCCCAAUUUUGCUUGUGUAUCCCCGGGGGCCCGCGGCGAAUGUGCUGCCUCCCAGAGUCUGAGUCCCCGACCCGACUCCCCGCUGUCCCCCGUGUGCGUGGUUCCUCAGUACAAGUAUGCCGCGGGAAUCCGCAGCUCGUCCAACCACAUGCAGCAUACGCAGCCUCUGAUGGCCUCCGUUCUGGCUUCUGCUCCCCCACUGGAACAGAAGCAGAUGCUGGGUGAGUGUUUGUUCCCACUCAUCCAGAACAUGCAUCAAGACCUGGCAGGGAAGAUCACCGGCAUGUUGUUGGAGAUCGACAACUCGGAACUCCUCCACAUGCUGGAGUCCCCGGAAUCUCUCAGUUCAAAGGUGGACGAGGCUGUGGCCGUCCUUCAGGCGCAUCAGGCCAAGGAGUCGUCCCAGCAGGUUUACUGAUGCUCCACAAAUCCCACCCAAGUGAGGAUGUCCUCAAGCUAUAAUGCACUGAUGGCAGGAAGUGAAGGAUCUGAGCAAAACACCCCCCAAGCAAACAAAAAACAGAUAAGAGGAAAAACAAAAGUAUCAAAAUACAAGUAAACAACAUUUUAAAAAAAAAUGAAUAUAAGUAAACAAAAAGUAGAAUACCAGCAAAAAGUCAGAAUACAACAGAGAAAAAAAUCAUACAAGUAAACAAACCAUAAAAUAGCAAAUCAAAUACGAAGAAAAAUAAAAUAAAUUUUAUUAGCUAAAUGAAAUGACAACAUUGAAAUAUUUUUCUAUGAAGGGGAUUUGAAGUGAGUCUUUUGUGCCGUUUUAUAUAUAUUUGUACUCAUUCGAAAUGUUUGAGCUGUACCAAGAGCCACUUUGAUUUGACUGCCCGUAUUUCUUUCUAUUUACUUAUUGAGUAAACAUUCCCAUGCUGUUUGU